AUGAAGCUGAAGGAAGACCAACUAAGACGGUCGGAAUUCGCAGAGGCUUUGUUGGAUCUUCAACAGACAGCUGAGAGCCCGGGUAUGAGCCCGGAUCUGAUGCAGACAGCCGAGAGCUCCGAACCGAAGCGGCCAGCGAACCCACGAUCAGAGGGCAUCAGUGGGAAUGUGACAUUAAUUGAUCAAGGUCCGUCCGUUCAGAAGAUGGCAGCGAAUUUAACUGCAGGACAUUCGUAUAACUGCUAUGAGCUGCUGGCUUGGCUCAACGAAACUUUACAGACUGGCUUCACUGAGGUGGAGCAGGUUUGCACAGGUGCGGCCUAUUGUCAGCUGAUGGACUUGUUAUUUCCUGGGUGCCUGGACCUUUCCAGGGUCCGGUUCCAAAGCAGUAACAUGGUGGACUUUAUUCACAACUACAGUUUACUGCAAGCUGCAUUCAGAAAAGUUGAUGUAGUCCAACACAUCCCCAUUGAGGCGCUGAUAAAGAGGAACCCUACAGCAGCUCGGACCUUCCUGCAGUGGUUUAAGCUGUUUUUUGAUGAGAACAACAAAGGCAGGGAGUACCAUGCCUUGGAGGCCAGAGGGGGACAGAGUAUGGUUUCUGCUGACUCAGAUGGCCAUUCCUCCCAGACCCCUCAUCAGAAACUGGAGAUUAUUGUGAUGAUGGAGGGCAAAACAGUGGAGGAACCAAGAAAAGAAAAACCAAGGGAGAAUUUGAGCAGCAGUGCAGAUGCAGAUGUAGUAGUAAUGAUAUCUGAUGAUGAGGAUGAUGUGGUGUUUGUGAGGAUGGAGCACAAAACAGAGAAAAUGGAGGCAACAAUGAAAGAAGAGAGUGCGCAGGAGAUAAAGGGAGUAGAGGAAGCAGACGCAGCAGCGGACAAGGGAAGUCAAGGAAAUAACCUCCACAGCAGCGAGACUCUGUUGCGCUUCAUCAGAAGAUACUGUUGUGACAGUGUGGACACAGACUCAUCCGUCAGUCCAAACACUCAUGCAUCUCACCCUUCAGUUUCUGCCAUCUUGAAUCCAUCCCACCCAAAAGACAUUAUCCGAGCCUCCUCGCACACACCGUACUGCCUCUACCUGUACAUGGGGGUAGAGCUGGGCGGAGGGCAGAGCACAAGCGUAGUCCUGAUUGGUUACUUUGACCAGAGUUCAGGGGCCAGCGUGGUGAGGCUGCUGCACACUCUGCAGCUGAGUGUUGACACUGCCGACGCACGGACCUCGGUCGACAUGGACUCCGAUGCACACCUUCUGAUUGAGAUGCUGCAGAAAUCUGGCCUUUCUCUGUCUAACCUCGCCGUGUUUUAUUGUAACGCUCCACACCCAGGGCGGAGCCAGGUGUUUGUAACCCAGCUCCGGGCUUACAGCCCGAAGGUGGUGUCUCUCUGCGGCCUCCCUGGGAUGGCAGGGAGAGCCUGCCAGGCCGGACUCAGUGCUUCUUUUAGUUGCGUGGUCCACCUGGUUAGAGACAUCCAUCAUCACUACUCCACCCACCCCUCAGUUAAUGACAGUCUGAAAGAGCUGUUUGCUAAUGCAAAGUCUUAUAACCCAUCGCAGCCUGUCUCUGCGCAGUGUUUAUUUAUCAUCCGCAUUGUGCAGAAGAUGGUCAGCAGCUGGAGGGACUUAGUGGAGUAUUUUAAGUCACUGAGGCAAACAGAUGCUGAUCGUAUCAGAAGGCAGCUGAUGGAUUAUAAAGUUAAACUGAACUUCCUCUUCCUCUCUCACGCUUUGGAACCGCUUCGCGCUCUUCAAGAACUGCAGCACUAUGGCGCAGCGGACCUGGCUGUGGAGCUGCAGCUGACCUCCAUACUGAUCCACUCCUACGCAGAGAACCUCCUCCAGCCCUCCGCCACGGAGCAGUUUCUCAGCAGGCGAGACGUGAGUCUCCUCCACAAUGAAAAUGCGCUGCUCCCCACAGCAGAGGUGAACGUAGGCUCCCAUGCCAGAGACUUCCUGUGGGCCACUGCUGUCGUGGAUCUCGGGGAACAGGAGAGGAGUGACUUCCUGAACGGUGCCGUGGCUUUCUAUAAAGCAAUACUGCAGAGUUUAGUGCAGAGCCUUCCCGAUAAGCUUGGAGACAUGGCACUGAGGAAUAUCGCCACAGUGCUGAAACAUCCUCAAAAUAUCACUAACACUAAGUUGUCCAGGCGAGUGCUGUCAGAGUUGGGAGUUCAGCUUGGUCUGUGUAAUGCCAGGUCUCUAGAAACAGGCCAGCUGGCAUAUGACUACCUCAGUAUCAUUAAGAAUGUGAAGGAGGAACAGACCAGCGGAACAGGAGAAGGUCAUUGCUGGACGAAGAUGUUGGGGAGCAUGAGACCACACUCUAUCCUGCACAGACUCCUCCUGACCCUCCUGGCCCUGCCAAGCUCUCUGUGCAGGACACAGGUGUUUACCAAGGUGUUGAAAAGCACCAAGGCUCCUCCUGACAGCGGGGAAGCCCCCAGAGACGCACCUCAACCAGACAGGUGGGCAGGAAGAAGGGAACUACAGGGAGAUUAUGGUGGCAGGAAGAAAGAAGAGGAGGAUGAAGAGAGUUCAUCGGAGCAUAGUGACAGUUUCGUGGCCAAACCCAGUCUACAUGUUCCCUCCGAACACUACAGCAGUACGGAGGACUCGGACUACACAGAUGAUUCAGAUGUGGUUGAUGUUACAGAAGAAUUCAAAACGUCUCGGAGCAGCAGACUCAUGAAGGCGCAAAGCCUGCAGAGUCCACAGGCAGAGCCUGUCAUCGUUUUGUGCAGUGAUGAUGAAGACGACAACAUGGUUUCAACAAGCACACCAUCCAGCUCAACAGGAGUGUUGGGGGAGCUGGUCUGGGGUAAGUUGGAGGGCUUUCCUCCCUGGCCAGGCAUCAUCAUACCCUGUCAGGUAGAGAAUCAGCUUCCAGGGAAGAGGAUGGUGGGCUGGUACGGACAGAGGACGUCCUCUCAGGUCAGUUUGCCUGCUCUGAGACCUUUUGCUGCCUUUGACCAAUACUUCUGUACCCGCUCCCUCACCACCCUCGUCACCUACAGAGAAGCCAUUUUCUUGUCGCUGGAGGAGGCGGCCCUUCGCUGUAAGAAAGAGUUUUCUGAGUGUCUUGGGGACAGUGAUGAGCUGCUGAACCAGAUGAUCGACUGGGCCUUUGAAGGGUUUCUACCCACAGGGCCAGGCGGAUUCAAACCAACGGUUUCCAUAAACGGUGUUACUACAACAAGCAACAGACCGAAGGCGAAGAAGAAACUCCUCCUGAACGCCACCUCCUCUCCUCCCUCCUUCAGCUCCUCCACCCCUAUGAGCAGCAGUACCAACACUGAGAGGAAGGAAGCAGCUGUCUCCUUGAACAAACUGUUGUGUGACUCCACAGAGAAUUCUUCCCUCAGAUGUGGAGGCGGAAAAUCUGUGUUGGAAGAAGGAUUUGAUUUUGUGGGAAAAGGCACUAAAGGAGACAUGAAGGAAAAAGCAUCCAGAGGAGGAUGGGAAGGAGAGAGAGAUGACUGGGGAGGAGGAUUUGAGAAGGUGAAGGGGGGAUGGGGAAGAGGUAAAAUUAAGGGAGGAUGGAAAGGAGGGAGGGGUCAGAGGAAGAAAAGCAGCCUGUUAGAUAGGCUUGAUGCUGACAUGUCUCCAGACUUUGUGCCGCACAAGAAGAGGACCAACACCAAAACGUACAACAAGGACAACCAGGGGAACAGCGUGUACACCCAGCCGGACCAGAAACUCCGAGAGGAGACCAUCUGUAGGAUCACAGACAUGAAACUGGACAUCGAAGGCUUCUGUUUGUGUUGUGGAACUGAAGACACUGAGAUAUUCCACCCUCUGUUUCAAGGCAGCCUCUGCUUAAAGUGUAAAGAUAACUUUACAGAGACUCUGUAUCGUUAUGAUGAAGAUGGAUAUCAGUCGUACUGUACCAUCUGCUGCUACGGACUGAAGGUCAUACUGUGUGGCAACGAUAGCUGCUGCAGAUCUUACUGUGACGACUGUCUGAACAUCCUCGUCGGCCCAGGGACGUUUGAGUCACUGACGCUGCUGGACCCGUGGAUCUGCUACCUGUGUCAGCCUCACCGGCCCCAUGGUGCCCUGAUUCCCAGGGAGGACUGGAGCAUUCGUGUUCAGAAGCUGUUUGCCAACACCAGCGCCAUGGAGUUUGAGCCGCACCGUGUUUACCCAUCCAUCCCUGCCAACCUGCGAAGACCAGUUCGAGUCCUCUCACUGUUCGAUGGCAUAGCCACAGGCUACCUGGUGCUGAAGGAUCUUGGCUUUAAAGUAGAGAAAUACGUCGCGUCAGAGGUUUGUGAGGAUUCGGUUGCCGUGGCGGCCGUCAACCAUGGUGGGAAGAUCAUCCAUGUCGGUGACGCCCGGCUCAUCACCCAGGAACAUAUCGAGCAGUGGGGUCCGUUUGAUUUGCUGAUCGGUGGCAGCCCCUGUAAUGACCUGUCCAUCGUCAACCCACUCAGAAAAGGCCUCUAUGAGGGCACCGGCAGGCUUUUCUUUGAGUUCUACCGCAUCCUUCAGCUGCUGAAGCCCGAAGACGGAGACCCCAGGCCAUUCUUCUGGCUGUUUGAGAACGUGGUCUUCAUGAACACACAUGACAGAGUCAACAUCUGCCGCUUCCUCGAGUGCAACCCGGUGCUGGUGGAUGCAGUCAAAGUGAGCCCGGCCCACAGAGCUCGUUACUUCUGGGGGAACAUCCCGGGGAUGAGCAGGCCCAUCAUAGCCUCCCAGAGCGACAAGCUGAGUCUCCAGGACUGUUUAGAGAUCGGUAGAAAAGCCAGGGUCAGUAAGGUGAGGACGAUCACCACCAAUUCAAACUCUCUGAAGCAGGGCAAAGAUGUGUCUCUGCUGCCCGUCCUCCAGGACGGCAGAGAGGACAACCUCUGGAUCACCGAACUAGAAAAAAUCUUUGGUUUCCCCAAACAUUACACCGACGUGAGGAACAUGAACCGGCAGCAGAGGCAGAAGGUGCUGGGGAAGGCGUGGAGUGUGCCGGUCAUUCGCCACCUCUUCGCUCCCCUGAAGGACUAUUUUUCCUGCGAGGAGCUUCUGACCACGUCCACCACCUCCCUGUCCUCUCCUGCCUCUCCAGAGCUGCUUCAGCUGAGAUAG